AUGAAAGUGUCUACAACGCUGGCAUUUGUGGCCACACUGGCCACCAUGGCUCUGUCUGCCCAGUCUGCGGCUCUGGCUGGUACUACUACUCUUCAGAAGGCCGCCUCGGACUCGUCACUCAUGAAGUAUAUCAUUAUUUUCGAGAAAGGACUCGAGACCCCAGACCGUGUUGUCAAGGCCGCAGAGAAGAAACUCAAGGAAAUCGGCGCUUACAUCACCUACGAAUACAACACGGUUGUCAAGGGCUUUGCAGUAUCUGCUCCUGCCGAUGUCAUUGCCAUCUUCGAGAAGAAUGACAACGACGCCCAGUACCCCUUCAUAGUCGAGGUCGACCAAGUCGUCUCUGCUAACAACCACUAA